AUGGUUACCCUGUUCUUGAGUCUCCAAGGCAUCAACAUCAAGGCCUUCAGCCAUGCCACUUGCAACCCUAACUCCACCUCGCUUGAUCUUGGGGUUCUACCAGCUUUCUUCCAACCCCUGCUCCCUCCCGAAGGACUCCUGGGCCUUUGGGUGAAGGCGAAGCCCUUGAACCCCUAUCAUCGCAUCCAAGGGCCACCUCCAUCUUCAUCCCUCCUGGUGGUCCUCUUCCGUCAACACAAUUGCUCUUUCUCCAAGAAGAUCCUUCACGCCCAACAAGUGAGCUCCCACACCGCCAUUGUGCACAACGUGACUUCCCAGAUGCUGGAGAACAUGGUGAGUGAGCCGGGCGCCAAGUGGCACCUUCACAUCCCAGCCGUGUUCUCCGCACAAGAGACAGCAAAAAUCCUCAAACAACUGCGCCGUUCUGGGAAAUCCCUUCUCACCCUCCCCGGGUGUGAGCGUUUUCAUUUCGCCUGGAAAGUUGCUUCUAGGGCUUCGGACCAUCUCGAGGUGGCCCGAAGUCCCUGCCAGUGUCUCCUCCAGCCAGCUGGCUUUUGCUGCCAGUUUGCCAUGUUCUACACCUGUUGGAUCAUCUGCCUUACCGUGUCUGCCACCUUUAUUGCCCUGAUGCUAUCAGAGCACUAUCUAUCCUGGAGCAAGAGGAAGAGGAGGAACCGCCUUCUCCGACAACACGAGAAGGAACCUGUCUCUGUUUCGUUGACCGGCUCCAAAUACCAAGAAUGCGCCAUUUGCUUAGACCGGUACAUGCAGUACGACGGCGUGAAGGUGCUCUCGUGUUCCCACGCCUUUCACAGCAGGUGUAUCGACCUCUGGCACAUCACCCAAGCCAGAAAUAAAACCUGCCCUCUCUGCAUGCAGAAAGUCAUGGUGGUCACUCAUCUGAUGGCCAUGAGGUUAUGGCAGCAGGAGAAAACCGUGGGACGUUGCGAGCUGACUGAGGACCAGCCGUAUCCAACCUGCAACCACGUUUCCUGUUGGCAGAACCACGUCGUUCCCAAUUCUGAAAAUUAA